AUUAUUCCUAGAAAAAAUUUCCUAGAUUUUUUGACAGAAAGAUUUUCUGACAAUGGGAAAUCUACCAACAAGAUAUCAUCAAUAGUUAUAGUCUUCUUUCACAAGUAUUUUCUACACUCUUUAUCCUUCCAAUAAAAGGCCUAUAUAGAGACCAAACAUCAAAAGCAGAUAGAUCAAUCUAAGUAACAUGAUAUCUCUCUUCAACAAAGUCAACACAUCUUUGAGCUCUGGUUCCUCUUCAUCCAUGAAUGAGAAAGUAGAUUGGUCUGAACUCCCUAGAGAGCUAUGGCACAAGAUAGGAAAAUAUCUUGAUAAUCAUAUAGAUGUUCUUAGAUUUCGCAGUGUUUGUGAAUCAUUUCGAUCGUCCAUCCCUCCCUCUCUUCCAAAUUCUCCUUCUUUUCCUUUGCAAAUACCUCACCCUAUCUACAUCUCCCUGAACAACUACCUCAACCAAUCAACCAUUUAUCUUAUUCAACCAACUGAUGCAAGUUCCAACUCCAAUUUAGAACCUUCUCAUUCUUCCAAAGGUUGGUUGAUUAAGGUACAAGCAUCAAAGAAUCAACCUUUGAGUUUGUUGAGUCCUAUCUCCGACCGAAAAUUAUCAUACCCUCUUAGUAGUAACAACAGUUCUGUCAUUCUAUGGAACUUGAUGGAUUAUAGGGUCAUUGAGCUAUGCAAAUCAUAUACAAUCGGAAAGACUACACGGUUCUCUAGUUCUGUAAUCAAAGUUGUGAUCUAUCCUAACUUUCCUCUGACUAGUGUUGAGGAUUGUGUUUCUUGUUGUAUCUUUCAAGAGGGUAAAUUAGGACUCAUGAAACAUGGUGAUAAAAAAUGGAAACUUGUGGAUGACAAGAAUUUCUACUAUGAUGAUGUUAUUGUGUUCAAGGGUCAGUUCUAUGUGACUGAUAAAUGGGGAACUAUUUCAUGGAUUGAUGUUUGUUCUUUGAAGUUAAUACAAUUUUCGCCUCAUUUGUGCGGUUUUGGAAACAAGAAACAUUUGGUGGAAUCUUGUGGGAGUCUUUAUGUUGUUGAUAGAUACUAUGAAAGUAGUGAAGACAUGAGAAGGAAUUAUGCUGGAAGACACCGCCACAAUCGAGACGCUGUUGUGGAGUGUUUCAAAGUUUAUAAGUUUGAUGAAGAAUGCGGAAAAUGGGUUGAUGUUAAAAACUUGAGAGAUAGAGCUUUCAUUUUGAGCAAUAGUUGCAAUUUCUCUGUGUUAGCUAAAGAACUUAUUGGAUAUCAAUGGAAUUGCAUCUACUUUAGGGAUGCUUUUGAUGUGAGAAUGUAUAAUUUGGAUGAUCAUAGUGUCACUACUGUUGAUUUUAAUCCUUGCAUUGACAAGACUCUGUGGUCUCAUUCACCUUGGAUGAGAUGUUAGAGGACAUAACAGGUAUAUCAAUUCGUCGUUAUGGCUGAGACGGUGACCCAAUUGUUGUCAGUUUAAGUUUCAAAAAUAAUAAGGUAAAACAAAUAUUAGUUGAGUUUUGAAGUAUGAAUAAUGAAUAUCUGUCUUCUCUUGUUUUCUAUCAAAUUGACAUUGAUCGUGUCACUGUCUCAAACAAUACAACUAGGACGAUCACGAACUUCUACUUUGAAGGCCGGCGCCAGUCAUCGUUGAUGUGUCAAACAGUUUUCAAGUACUAAUCCACAGUGGAUCACAUAUCAUAUCACGAUAUUUCAUCAUAGAACUUACCUUGGACGACCUUCAUAAUUGAAAACUGAUAUUCUAUCGAAAUUUUCAAUCCCAUAAAGAAGUCUGGAAAAGGGUUGUAACUUAGCACAUAUAGUUGUAUUAGAGUCAGAAGAAAGUAGUAUGAAAGCAUCUGCAUUUUUUACCACUGCACUUAUUUGUAUAUUUUGAAAGGAAUUUUAUUGUUAAGCAUGACAGUGGAUAAUUAUGCUGCAUUUUCACAUUAGGUUGUAAUGACUACUAGCUGAUCCUCCCGAAGGCAUGAAGAGGCAAUCAUGCAUAAUCCUCCAAUAUGUUACUUCAAUUCAACAACACAAGACAAAUGGUUUGAUUCUCAUCACUUACCAGCAGCAUUCAAGACAAAGUUGUGCAUAACAAAUUAACUCCACCGCAAGUUCACACCAAUCAAUUUAAAUGAAUGCAAUGAUUUAUAAAACAAAAAAAACGCCCACCGUGGGGCUCGAACCCACGACCACAAGGUUAAGAGCCUUGCGCUCUACCAACUGAGCUAGACGGGCUAUUUAUUUUUUAGUUGAAAGACUGACUACUUGUUUUAUUCUUUUAUAAUAAUAAAAUUUCAGUUUGUCUUCCAACAAAUUAUAAAAAUGUAAUCUUAAUAUUCAACAAUUUAAAGAAUAAAUUUUAGAGAGUUU